GGAUGGGGUGCAUUUCAGCCACGAUGGCUACAACUUUUAAACCACCGAUGGUGGCUUGUUAUCGUCAUUUGUGUGUAUACUACUUUUGCUGGAAUGCUGAUGACUGGCUUUGCUGUGGGAACGAUUACUUCGGUAGAGAAACGCUUCGGUCUGAGUAGUACAGAAACAGGAUCAAUGCCGUCGGCUGCAGAAAUUUCUGGUGCAGUAAUUGGAGUCAUAGCUAGUUAUUGUGGCGAUCGAGGGCACAAAGGGAGAUAUUUAAGCAUUGGUGCUUUAGUUAUGGCAGUAGGAGCAUUUACUUAUUCGAUACCCCACUUCGCUACUGGAAAAUAUGUUGUCGCUAGUUUCUCCAGUAAUUAUACUGAUUUAUGUCUUGUCAAUUCAUCACUAUCAUCAAGCACUUGUGAUGCAUCUUUACAAAUUUUUGGUAGUUCCAAUUUGCGUAAUUUCUUUUUCCUCUUUCUAAUCGCUGAGUUAUUGAUGGGUGCAGGCAAUAACUUAAUCUGGAGUAUUGGCAUUACGUAUCUCGAUGAGAAUGUUCCCCCGGUCUCUUCGCCGUUAUAUGUUUCUGCGAUCUACACUAUUAGCAUGAUAGGGCCUUCACUUGGGUAUAUUAUUGUCAGUAUCUUUUUAAAAGUAUUUGUUAACUGGCCAGAGGCAGCACCACCAGGAUUAAUACCUGCGGAUGCGCGAUGGAUUGGUGCGUGGUGGCUGUCUUUCGUUAUCUCUGCUGCUUGCUUGACUGCUGCUUCUAUUCCUCUUUUUGGAUUUCCACGUGAAUUACCUGGUUAUGAAGCAUAUAAACGGACGCGACAAGAACAAGCUAAAGCUACUAACAGAGUUGAUAAAGGAUACGGCAAUAGCGUUUCAGAUUUUCUAAAAGCUAGUCGUGAUUUAUUCAAGAACAUUCCGUUUGUAUGUUUAACAAUUACUGGAACAUUUGAUUUUAUCGCAGUCAAUGGCAUUGGUUGGUUUUUUCCAAAGAUUUUAGAGACACAGUUUCAUUUAUCUCCUUCUGAAGCCAGUCUUACCGUAGGUUACAUUAGUAUAAUUGGAGGCUGCAUUGGCAUGUUGUUGGGUGGACUACUUUUAAGAGCCUUCAAAUUGAAAGGUCGUGGUGCAGCCAAAUUAACUUGGAUUAUUAGUAUAUGUGAUUGCAUAGCUUUUACUGUUUUCUUACUCGGCUGUAGUAAUCUUCCAUUUGCUGGAGUGAAUAGUCCUUACGGUAGUAAUUCGAAUCCAAGGAUAAAUACAGUUAAUUUAACUGCAUCCUGUAAUACUAAUUGUAUGUGUAAUAGCGUUAAAUAUAAUGCAAUAUGUGGAUCCGAUGGUACAACCUAUUACUCGCCAUGCCAUGCCGGCUGCACCAGUAGCUAUUUCGAUAGCAACCGUACUACAACAAUUUACCACAACUGCAGUUGUAUUCAGAAUGUUAAUCGGACAAGAUAUAGUUACGACGCUAUCCAAGGAUCAUGUAUCUCAGAAUGUCCACAAUAUACGCUAUUUGUGAUUGGUAUUUCUAUUUCAAUGGUCUCUGUUAUGGCUAAAACUGUUCCAGCAAUCGAAGCCAUAUUGAGGUGUGUUGCUGAUGAUCAAAGAUCUUAUGGUCUAGGACUUAUGUCAUCGCUGGUACGGAUAACUGGAAAUAUACCAGGUCCGCUCAUUAUUGGAGCUUUCAUUGAUCAAUCGUGUAUCUUAUGGACACAAGAAUGCACUUCCACUCGUACAUGUUGGUUAUAUGAUAGUAGAAACUUGGCGAAAUACCUUUAUGGUUCGAUGAUUUUUGUCAAGAUCGUAUCUACAACAUUUUAUGUGUUGUCUUGGUGGUUCUAU